GCUGGAUGUAAGGAGCCAUGGCGAAGGCCGCUCGCUGACUCCCCUGACGGGCCGCCCGGCUGGGACCCGAGGCCGGGCGAGGCCGCCCAGAUGCAGCUUCAUGUGCUUUAUUACUACACGUAAGAGCCUAUAAGCAUGAAGGACAGGGUUGGCAUGCAGACAUUUGAAAGGGAAGUUGCAGAAGGACAGAAGAACCUCUGAGCCACCUACAUGCUAGUGGGUAUCCCUGAGAUCAUCUGCUCUUUGUCCCAGGCCCCCGGCAGGAUGGAACCGAGCUCUGUGAGGACGAAAGUCCCUGCUUUCUUAUCUGACUUGGGGAAGGCGACGCUGAGGGGAAUAAGGAAAUGCCCUCGUUGCGGCACAUAUAAUGGCACACGUGGGCUGAGCUGCAAGAACAAGAACUGUGGAACUAUCUUCCGCUAUGGCGUGCGCAAGCAGCCUGGUGCCGAUGCUGUGAAGAUCAUCACUGGCUCAGACCUGCAGGUCUACUCGGUCCGGCAGAGGGACAGGGGCCCGGAUUACCGGUGCUUUGUGGAGCUGGGGGUUUCUGAGACCACCAUCCAGACUGUGGAUGGGACCAUCAUCACCCAGCUCAGCUCUGGGCGCUGCUAUGUCCCCUCAUGCUUGAAAGCAGCCACACAAGGUGUGGUAGAGAACCAGUGCCAGCAUAUCAAGCUGGCUGUGAACUGCCAAACAGAGGCCACGCCUCUGACUUUGAAGAGCUCUGUCCUGAACUCUAUGCAGGCUUCCCCUGAAACAAAGCAGACCAUCUGGCAGCUGGCCACCGAGCCCACCGGCCCCCUUGUGCAGAGGAUCACCAAGAAUGUGCUGGUGGUCAAGUGCAAGGCCAGCCAGAAGCACAGCCUGGGGUACCUGCAUGCCUCCUUUGCUCAGAAGAUGAGCAGUAAGAACAUGGCCGAGCACCGGUUUCUCUGCUCCUGCCAGCCCCUGAAGUCCAGCAAGGCCAGCACAGCCAAGGAGACAGCUACCCAGCGAUGCAUCCACUUUUUCGCCUGCAUCUCUGCUUUUGCCAGUGACGAGGCAUUGGCUCAGGAGUUCUCGGAUUUCCUCAGUUACGAUGCAGGUGGUCUCAAAGGAAUUAUAGUGCCCCAGUUAGUUUGCCAGCCUGAAUCAACUGUGCAAUCUGGCGAGUCCGCUGCUUCCAAACCAAAGAAAAGGAAAAAAGAUGAUGCUUCUGGUACACAAGUAGGCGGUCCGCUUCUGGCCCAGGAUGCCACCAACAGCAACCUGAGGAAAAGUGGAUUGAAAAAGCCAGCGGUGGCCUCCUCACUCAAAAGGCAAGCCUGUAAUCAGUUGCUCGAUGAAUCACAGGUGUCCUUGUCCUUCCAAGAAUGGUUGGCCAGUGUCACUGAACGCAUCCAUCAAACCAUGCAUUACCAGUUUGAUGGCAAACCAGAGCCUCUGGUAUUCCACAUACCUCAGUCUUUCUUCGACGCCUUGCAGCAGAGGAUUUCAAUAGGGAGCACAAAGAAGAGGCUGCCUAACUCAACUACAGCUUUUGUCCGGAAAGAUGCCCUUCCUCUGGGUACCUUCUCCAAGUACACCUGGCACAUCACCAACAUCUUGCAGGUCAAACAAAUAUUUGACACACCUGAGAUGCCCUUGGAAAUCACACGCAGCUUCAUCCAGAACCGGGAUGGGACCUACGAGCUGUUCAAGUGUCCCAAAGUGGAAGUGGAGAGCAUAGCAGAGACUUAUGGACGUCUGGAGAAGCAGCCUAUUAUCCGGCCCUUGGAACUCAAGACCUUCCUCAAAGUUGGCAAUACAUCACCUGACCAGAAGGAACCAACCCCUUUCAUUAUUGAGUGGAUACCCGACAUCUUGCCACAGUCCAAGAUUGGCGAGCUAAGGAUCAAGUUUGAAUAUGGCCACCACAGGAAUGGACACACCACAGAAUAUCAGGAGCAGCGCCCUUCACUGGAGCAGACGCUGGAGCUGACCCCUUUGACUACCAUAACCUUUCCUUGAAAUUAAGGCCCAAUCCCACUCACAGCUAAAUUUGCACAGCCCUGCUUUACUGUCUGCAGGGCUCUCUACUGAACUGCUUUGUAAAGAUGAGGCUUUUUGACUAAAUAGCCAUGGGGCCUACACUAGAAAACAGACCCCCUGCCCUGGCCUUGCUCCCUUCAUAAAUAGCAUUUGGUGCUGCUCUAUAGUCUUCACUUGAAUGGUGCUGUACUCUGCUGGGGUGUGAACACAUCUUUCUGCAUUUCCCUGGGACUUGUACAUGUUCAAACCUCUGUAGUUUCUCUCACUCCCCUUUGCAGAAUAGAAGCAUCUGCUGCUGAGUGGAGACAGUGCUCUUCAGUACCACAGCAAGAUGCAGAUACUGGUAACUACCCUGUGAACUAUUGUGGCAUAGACUGGUUCUACCAGGUUUUAAGAUGCUUUUUUUU